CAAAAACAAUGACGAGCAGCGAAUCUACGUUCUAUACUUUCAACGUCUAUGAUAGUUCUCUGUUCUUCUCAAGAGUUGUAGCCUAGGAAAACUAAAAUAUUUUAAAAUAGACGGUGAGAUUUCUUGAUCCUUGAGAAAAUUUCCAUGUCGGAAGCGUUUCCGAGGGCGGACAAUAAACCCACCAGCGCAUAAUCCUCAAUUCCUCAUCAUACCGUUUCUUCUCUUCUUUCGUUCUUCUAGGUCCAAAAUCAAGAAGUGCUAGUGUCUGUGUUUUAAUAUUUGGGUGUUUUCUUUUCGUUUCAAAAGCUCAAGCACUGGGACACCACCGAUUGGUACUGCUGAUGAUUAUUCAGUUACAAGUAAUUUGAAGUUUCUUUGCUGAUCUUCUGCAAACUUCGAACAUUUCUGUUGGUUUACAAUAAAGACCCACAUAUCUCAUGCGCUAAAGGCUCUAGAAACCCACGAAUCUCACUGAUUUCUAUCGGAUUCAAUGGGUUUUUUACAGUUCUUCGAAAUCUCAUAAGCGUCAUUCACCACUUUCCUAAAUUUCUCUGCUCAUUUCACUUGUCUGGAGUCUUGACCGCACACUGUAUCUCCACCAUCCAUUUGUCAAGCGAAGCAUUUGUACUUAUCAUCUGGGUUUUUCUAUACACUACUGAUCUGGGUUUCUUCAUUGCCCACAUCUACAGCGGAGUUCUCUAAACAGCUAAAAGCUCUGUUUUUGCUCACUGUUUUUGCUCACUGUUUUUGCUCACUGUUUUCUUGGAAAAUACUCGUCAUCUAUAUCUGCCUUUCUCAUCUUUUUCCUGAGAAAGAUGGAUAGUGCCAGGAGUAUUUUCACGGCUAGAAACUUGAUGGUGCUAUCUCUAGCCAUCAAUGUGAGCUUCAUUUUGAGGCUGGGGUAUCAGACCUUUGACAUAAAGAGAGAGCAACUGAUUGGGGGUGACGGUGCCCGGAGAGAGGCACUGUCUACGCAGAGGGCACAUCUGUCUGUGUCUACCACCUCGUCAUCUUCUCCGACGACUUUCCCUGGCGAGGACAGACACAGAGUGAUCAAUCUAGACCAACAAAUUUUCAAGCCAGGGGGGGCAAAAAUGAAAUAUCAUUAUCAAGGUGGGGAUCCGACCAUGUACGAGAGGUUCUGGCAGCAAGUAGGUGACAAGGCCACGGUCGUGAUUCCUGGCUGGCAAUCGAUUAGCUAUUUCUCUGAUAUUGGAAACCUUUGCUGGUUUCUAGAGCCUGAGUUUGCCAAGCAGCUACUUAGACUGCAUAAAAUCGUUGGCAAUGCAGUUACUGAGGACCGCCACAUUGUGGUUGGUACGGGUUCUACUCAGCUCUUUCAAGCUGUGUUAUAUGCACUUGCUCGUCCAGGGGUUGAGGAACCCAUCAGUGUUGUAUCUGCAGCUCCAUACUAUUCUUCUUAUCCGGCAAUAACUGAAUCCCUCAAGUCUGGGCUUUACAAAUGGGAAGGAGACGCUCUUAGUUUCUCGAAAGAAGGGCAAUUCAUAGAACUAGUGACCUCCCCUAAUAACCCAGACGGGUAUGUGAGGGAUUCAGUGGUUAAUAAAAGUGGGGGAGUGUUGGUGCACGAUUUUGCUUACUACUGGCCUCAGUACACUCCCAUUACUUCUCCAGCCGACUACGACAUUAUGUUGUUCACACUCUCUAAGACCACUGGGCAUGCCGGAAUGCGCAUUGGCUGGGCUCUUGUCAAGGACAGAGAGAUAGCCAAAAGAAUGGUGAAAUAUAUCGAGCUCAACAGCAUUGGCGUUUCUAAGGAUUCACAGCUCCGGGCUGCAAAGGUUUUUAAAGUUGUUUCCGACAGCUGUGAAUCUUCCAGAGAUACAACAGAAUCUCUUUUUGAGUUUGCCUAUCACCUCAUGGUGGAGAGAUGGCAAAACCUAAGGGCGGCGGUGAAACGUAGUGGCAUGUUCAGCUUGCCGGAAUUCUCCCCUGGAUUAUGCAAGUUUACGGGCAGGUUCUUUGAACCUCAACCUGCUUUUGCAUGGUUGAAGUGCGAAGAACCGAUCGAAGACUGCGAGAGCUUCUUAAGAUCGAACAAGAUCUUGACGAGGAGUGGGACACACUUCGGAGUUGGUCCACAAUACGUUAGGAUUAGUUUGCUAGAUCGCGACGACAAUAUUGAUUUAUUUGUAGAGAGAUUGUCCAACAUUCGCAAGGACAAUCUCUACCAGCAUAUGGGGGAGUGAGCAGGAGCUUUAGCAUGUGCUUGCUUCAUUCCCUGUAUUUGUAAACUAAUAAAAGAGAAGUUAAUUGCUUGUUCGAUCGCAA